ACUUUGUUGGACUGGAAAUACUUGCUGAAUUAAUUGAGUUCAGUCCCUGGAAUUUACUUUGCUAACUAUUCUAUAUGCAGUGCAAUCAUUUGAAUAAUUUAUGAGCUCCGCCACUUUCAAUUUAAUUACUCACUUAGUUUAUCGCGGAACCGAACACGCAAUUGUUUAUAGUUCAAAGAAAGCUCACGGCAAAGCUACAUAUUUUUCACUCAAUUUGCAGAGAGCUUUUCCCUCUUUCCACUCCGCCUUCUUAUCGGCGAUCAGGUAGUUGGGGGAAAUUCCCCUCCUCACCUCCUCCUCCCUCAAAAAUUUACAUUCACAUUACCCCGCAUUUUUAUGAGAGCCAGUAAUUAAUGGAACGCCAGUCUUUUUGUCAGGCAAUUUACACGACGCCCGGCUAUUCAAUUUCAAUUGCCAUUCAAUUUCAAUUAGCUCCGGCCCCUGGGGAAAUUCGACUGAGUUCUAGCCAGUUGUGGAGUAACUACCGCCAUGCGAGGCGUAUUUCUGGGCCUUUUGCUCUUGCUUUUUGCCAUAGUUACGGCCCGGGCUCUCAACUGCCAGCCGUGCAAAUUGCUGGAGGCCCGAAAAACUCAUGCCAACGAGACCCAAAAACAACAGAAGUGAGAAAUAGUGGGACAAAACUUACGCACACAUGGAGGCAGCGACUUGUACUCGAGCUCAGAACAAACGAUGAUACCCAAACUCAGUCUCAGUUGAACACUCGCGGUGAAAAGACGACGAGUUUUUCAAACA